AUGGAUACCAUCAUAGAUGGAGGAACUGUUAGUAAGAAACCUAUGAGAGUACAAGUAUCCUACUCGAGUAACAUUAGAUCUCUACAGGAAGUAUAUCGAAAAAACUGGAAUAUAAUAUGUGCUGAUGAUGAUGUUAAAAGGCUGCAUGUUAACUCUAAUGCUAUCCACGUAAGCAGUGUAUUGAACUCUGUUAAUGGUAUAGACUCCCAAGAAUGUACAUCUGCUAACCGGGCCAGAACUGUAACAAUGGUAGCUUUCUUCAAAAAAGCUAGUCCCCAUGCUCUCUCUGGAUGCAGUGGAGCAGCAGUUAAAACAUUGUCUUUAAGGAGUCCAGAGAUCUCUGAAUUUCACUUUGUCGAUGGAGCACUUGCAGGAGCAUGGAAGUCCUUCAGUAAUGGUUUUGGAUUGAAAGAUUCUGUCUUUGAAAGCCCAGUGUGUGGUAGUUCUCAGCAGUUUCCACGCCGUCGGUCAUCUGAUGAUGGCAAACUCUCAGAUGCUGCCAAAACCAGCAACAUGAUUCGUGUUCAUUUGCCUAACCAGCAGCGCACUGUGGUAAUUGUGCGAAAUGGCAUGUCCUUGCAUGACUGUUUAAUGAAAGCACUGAAUGUCCGAGGCUUGCAGCCAGAAUGCUGUGCAGUUUUUAAACUUAUUCCUGAGCAGAGAAGCAAAAAGAUUCGUGUUGACUGGACUACUGAUGCUACCUCAUUGAUUGGUGAGGAGUUGCUGGUAGAAUUCCUGGAUCAUGUUCCCCUUACAACACACAAUUUUGUUCGGAAGACGUUUUUGAAAUGGGCUUUCUGUGACAUCUGUCAGAAGUUCCUGCUAAAUGGCUUCCGUUGCCAGACAUGUGGCUAUAAGUUCCAUGACAACUGUAGUACCAAGGUUCCCACAAUGUGUGUGGAUUGGAGCAAUAUCAGGCAGCUCUUAUUAUUUCCCAGUUGCAACAUUGGUGAGAGUGGGGGGCCGCCUCAGCCAACAAGACGAAUGCGUGAGUCAUUAUCCCGACCUCCUUCCAGUGCUCAACAUAGGUAUUCUACACCUCAUGUUUUUAACUUCAGCACAGCUGCUCCAACUACAGAAGGAUCACUUUCACAAAGGCAGAGGUCUACUUCUACACCCAAUGUCCAUAUAGUCAGCACAAUAAUGCCUGUUGAUAACAGAGCUAUAGAGGAUGCAAUAAGAAGUCACAGCGAAUCAGGUACAUCUGGCAGUCCCCCAAACUUGAGUCCAACUAGCCUAUCUCAGCCUAAAAUGCCAGUCCCAUCUCAGAGGGAGAAGGCUGCUGUACCUGGUUCACAAGAAAAAAAUAAGAUUAGACCUCGUAGUCAGAGAGAUUCAAGUUACUAUUGGGAAAUCGAAGCUAGUGAAGUUGUACUGCUGACGAGAAUAGGGUCUGGUUCAUUUGGGACAGUAUUCAAAGGCAAAUGGCAUGGAGAUGUAGCUGUGAAGAUUUUAAAAGUGGCAAAUCCUACACCAGAGCAGUUCCAAGCUUUCAGAAAUGAAGUAGCGGUAUUAAGGGGUCAUCACAGCAGACCAUGAGUAUGCAGAACAAGUGGCAGUAGAGUUUUACGGUAUUGAGUUGCCAGCUUGGCACCUAACCAUUUUCAGAAGGCACACGCACACCUAGUGCUAAUUUAGAAUGUAAAGUCCACCUGCAGCAUGUCUUGGGAAUGUGGGAAGAAACGGGAGCACCCAGAGGAAUCCCACGCAAAUGCAAGGAAGACGUACAGACUCUGCACAGAGAGCAUCCCAGCUGAAAAUCAAACUGGAGAACCUCUUACUCUGAGGUGAUGACACUAACCACUGCACCACUGUGCUGCCCAGCUAUAAAGACUAAAAGACUAGUCUGCUGGAGUUUUUCAACUUGUCAAAUGCUAUUCAUCAUUGUAACAUUGUGUAUACAACUUUAAUAAUGUAUGCAUGUGCUUACUUGUGUGAGUAAAUCUCAGUAUUAUAACUGAUAAGCUAUACUUAUGUAAAGGUAACACGUUGCUUUAGUUAGUAACUGGUAAUUUUUUUUUAGAAAAGUAAAAAGUAAUAGUAAUAUAUUACUUUCAAUGAAAAGUAACU